GCUGACGUGAACGGGAUGCACGGGACCCUCAAGCCCCUUCACUGCGCCUGCAUGGUGGCUGAUCCGGACUGUGUGGAGCUGCUGCUGCAGAAGGGGGCUGAGGUGAACGCCCUGGACGGCUACAACCGCACGGCCCUGCACUACGCGGCCGAGAAGGACGAGACCUGCGUGGAGAUCCUGCUGGAAUAUGGGGCCAAUCCCAACGCCCUGGAUGGGAACAAGGACACCCCCCUGCACUGGGCGGCCUUCAAGAACAACGCUGAGUGUGUCAGGUCCCUGCUGGAGAACGGGGCCUGGGUCAACGCCCGGGACUACAACAACGACACCCCCCUGAGCUGGGCGGCCAUGAAAGGGAACCUGGAGAGCGUCAGUGUCCUCCUGGACUUCGGGGCUGAGGUCAGGGUGGUCAACCUGAAGGGUCAAAGUCCCAUCUCACGUUUGGUGGCCUUGCUGGUGCGGGGCCUGGGGACGGAGCGGGAGGAUUCCUGCUUCGACCUCCUCCAUCGAGCCAUCGGACACUUGGAGCUGAGGAAGAACGGGAACCUGCCCUGGGAGGUGAGGAGGGACCAGCAGCUCUGCCAGAAGCUCACCCAGCUCUGCUCAGCCCCGGGCUCCCUGCAGACCCUCUCCAGAUACGUCGUGAGGCGCAGCCUGGGCGUGCGGUUCCUGCCCGAGGCCGUGGAGCAGCUGCCCCUGCCCACCUCCCUCAAGGAGUACAUCCUGCUCCUCAGCUGAGCCACCAGC